AUGGUCACUGGCUGCUCUGAUCAGCUUGGAGGGGAGCCCAGGUGUCGUCUACUCCAGCGUAGCCUCUGGUAUUUCCCUCUGGUCGGUCGGCAGGCGUCCCUGUCAUUGGCUCAUUGCACGGUCUUCUUCUCCUACCUCUUGUCCCGCUCCCGAGAAGCGAGAAAGGCCACGCCAAUGGCAGAUCGGCGAGGCGACGCCAUGAGGCAGCAGCAGCAGCCGUUCGGGUCUGGUCAGGAGAGGGUCUUCGACGGCGGCGGUGGCGGCGGCCCGGCGUUCGGAGGCGAUUAUGAUCAUGCAUCAUCGUCCUACAUGGCGCUUCUUGGCACCGGCGUCAACCCCCAGCCUCUGCCGCCACCGCCAGCGGCAUGGGCGGUUGAGGAGGUCACCUCGGCGACCGCGAUUAAUCUCACGCCGCAGUUCUCCAUGGCAAACUACGCGCCGCCGUCGUCGUCCUCCUACCAACAAAACCCCGCCUCCUUCGCCUCACCCUUCGCCGCCGCCGCCCUCCACAACCCCUACCAGCCACCGUCCACGACAUACUUCAACCACGCCGACCCGCCGCCGCAAUGGCCUCCGCGAGCGCCCUCCUCCUCCCUGCCGCCGCCCCGCGGCAACAACUUCGCGCUCCAGCACGAGCAGCAGCAGCAGCAGCAGAGCAUGCAGAUGCAGCUGCUGCGCGCGCUGGGGCGGCCGCAUCAAGCGCUUGCAUCGGCUCCGGCGGCGGCGGCCAUCGAGCAGCCGGGCAAGGACGGGUACAACUGGCGCAAGUACGGGCAGAAGCAGCUCAAGGACGCCGAGUCGCCGCGGAGCUACUACAAGUGCACGCGGGAGGCGUGCCCCGUGAAGAAGAUCGUGGAGCGCUCCUUCGACGGCUGCAUCAAGGAGAUCACCUACAAGGGCCGCCACACCCACCCGCGGCCCCCCCACCAGCCCCGCCGCGGCGGCGAUAAUGUCGCCGACGCCGGUUCCGGCGCCGACGCCGAGGAAGAGGAGGAGGAACACGGGGACCAGCUGCCGAGCGACGACGAGGACAACGGCCAGGAGGGCCAGGACAGGACUGCGGGUGGAGGAGCGGCGGCGGGGCAGAGGGUGGUGAAGAAGCACAAGAUCACACUGCAGACGCCCAGCGAAGUUGAUCUGCUGGACGACGGCUACCGGUGGCGCAAGUACGGCCAGAAAGUGGUCAAGGGAAACCCCCGUCCCAGGAGCUACUACAAGUGCACGGCGGAGAACUGCAACGUGCGGAAGCAGAUCGAGCGGGCGUCCAGCAAUCCCAGCUGCGUCCUGACGACCUACACCGGCCGCCACAGCCACCACCCGCCGGGGAGGGCCACCGGCGGCUCUUCUGCUGUUCCGACGCCCUCCACCGCCAUCGGCAAUACUGCUCGUCAGCUCAAGGAAGAGAGCCGGGAUUAACGCCUCCUUUGCUUGCCUGGAUUGUUACUAUCGCCCUGCCCGUGUGGGUUGGGUUUUCUACUGGCCAUGGAAGUGUACUGAAUAAUAAUCGAGAGCUGGAUAUAUUGUUUGGUUCUUUUGGGCAGGUGUUUCUGCUGGCUAAUUUCAUUGUUGUUUCGUCGUGGUUAAAUUGACUAGACUUCAUCGGUUGGUUUAGAGGAAAUGGAGCGUAGAUUUUGGGUUUGGCUGCAGAUGUUUGGUGCUCUGCUCCUGGCUUUGUAUUGUAUUGCAUGACAUGUACAUUUGUUAUUCUUGAAUGGGGAAAAAAAUGUUGUACCCGGUGCGAAGGAAACCGGAAUGGAA